GGCGCGGCCCGAGUCAGCUGACCGGUGAGACUGCGGCUGUCGGUGCUCAGUGUAGUCCCUGGGCUCGGUGGAACCGGUCGGUUGUCAUGGCUUCUCUUCUGUGCUGUGGGCCCAAGCUGGCCGCCUGCGGGAUCGUCCUCAGUGUCUGGGGGGUCAUUAUGCUGGUCCUGUUGGGGAUUUUCUUUAACAUCCACUCAGCCGUUCUCAUUGAGGAUGUCCCAUUCACCGAAAGCGAUCUCUUUGAGGACCAAUCUCCUCCUAAGAAGAUGUACGCCUUGUACGAGCAAGUCUCCUAUAACUGCUUCAUCGCCGCGGCCAUCUACGUGGUGGUGGGCGGCUGGUCCUUCUGCCAGGUGCGGCUGAACAAGAGGAACGAGUACAUGGUUCGCUGAGCGUGCCGCGGUUGUGUCUCCCUUCUGUAACCCCCCCGCCACCCUCCCCAGACCACUCAUCGGCCCACAAAGCACAGACCUUAUAUACUUAAAGGGUCACUCCACCCGAAUCUAACAUUUGGUACUGGUGGACUGAAUCUCACACCGGCUUCUUAUAAGAUCUGCUGAGUUCUUGGCACAUGUGUUGUAGUCGCUGUGCACUGUGAUGAGUGAGACUCUUUAUAGCAGCACAGGUUGAGGAUCUGGAAAAUCGGUGCUGCAGAAGUCAGUGGGGGACUCGGUCCAUCAGUCUUCAAAUUUUGUUCAGGGUGGACUUGACCUUUUAAAAUAAAUAAUUUUAUCUUCACUGACACUUUCCUGCCGAUAUGUCUUGGAGCAUUUGAGUGAAGUACAGUCUGAAGCCCCUGCCAACCAGCACCAAGAAUCCGGUCUUCAUGCUAUUGAGACGUUUUAGUUCUGUAUUUUAUUUCUGAUAUAGACUGUACAUUGUUGUGUGUAUGGGGGUGACAUCGGGAGGGAGUCCAUCCGUUCUGAAGACUCCAAGUGAAGGCCUCCACCUUGGGUGAUACUCUUUUACAUUACCAAGAUACCUGAGCAAUGAAACCUUGACUUGAUCUAUAUGUAUAUUUAUGUGAUACACUGGGACCAGCGGAGAUCUCUCCUCCUCACCCCGGCACCUUCUGGGAUCUGUUAUUUAUGAUUGUUAAAUAAAGUAACGAGUUGUGUGA